UUUAAUGUCUCAUGGCUGCUAGUGUUUAUCAUAGUACUUGAGUAUAUUUACUGUUAAUUAAGGUUGGGAAGUGUCAAGGCGAGUCAUUGAGCUGGGAUCAGAUUGGCGGAUCUUUUCUGAACUGUAUGGUAUAACACCGACUUCUCCGAGCUUUUAAAACCAUUGACAUAGCGACCCUCAACCCGAGUGCAUCGUGCCAUCGGCCUAACCCGGAACAACUUAACCGCUGGAGGAAAGUCCACGCUCUACUCGCCAUCCAGGGCUCAAUUAGUAUCAACGGCCGUGUGGAGCAAAGUGAAGAGAGGAGAAAAGUUACAAAUUUUAUUUUAACACAGGGUCUGAAGUUUUAUAUCAGACUUUACAGAAGUAAUGUUACAUUCGCUUACACAGCAUCCGGUGAUGGCAGGAGGUUUGCCUCAGAUGCUAAUACAGCCUUCCCUCGGGGCACCCGCACCAGGCCCUCUGCAGGGACACCACAGUGGGGUACCCUCUCACCAUACCUCAUUCCUAAUAGACGAUAUCCUGGCAAAUGCAUCAGGUGGGGGACAGACCCGGCCUACUCCUCUCACGCCAACAUCCGUGCAGUCUACCCACGGGGUGUACAAGCCGAUUGCCGUGUACGAGACGGGUACAUCGCCCCUGUCCCCAAGUUAUACACUACCUGGACAACUGAGUUUCCACGGGGCUCUGAGUAAUCCCCUGUACUCCCUGCCUUAUCCCCGCCACGACUACGCCUUCAUGGACAGACAAAACCCUUUAGGUAAAGUUGGACACAAACCGCUUUUGUGGAGCCCUUUCAUGCAGCGACCUAUGCACAAGCGGAAAGGAGGACAGGUUCGAUUCUCCAACGAUCAGACAGUUGAAUUGGAGAAAAAGUUUGAAACUCAAAAAUAUCUUUCGCCUCCAGAAAGAAAACGGUUGGCUAAAGUACUCCAGCUCACAGAGAGACAAGUGAAGACGUGGUUUCAAAACAGACGUGCAAAAUGGAGACGGUUAAAGCAGGAAACUCCCACUUCUGACAAGGACGAGUCAAUAAAGUCAAAGGACACAUCUGGUGCUGCGGAAAACGAGCCUUGUGAAUCUCAAAACAACGUAGCCGGAACAGAAGGCGAAGCUAAUGGCGGGAGAUCGGAAGGAGACCUUGAUAAGAGUGACGAAUCCGAGGAGGAAGAGAUUGAUGUGGUGCGGGAAGAAGCUCAUAGAAAUUGGUUGAAUAUUUCAAAUCACACAUGAAUGGUCUGAGCUAAAAUUCUGAAGAUUUUCAGCAAUCAGUGUAUAUGUGCUCAAAAGUGCGGAACUGGAGGGCCAGCGGCACACAUCCGCCCUCACCCAGCGCUUCCAGUAAUUACAAAUUUGGGGGCUCUGGAAACCAGACGAAACACGUGUAACAGGCACAGAUAAAACAGAGGUGAUAUCUGAACAUGGUUCGGAAAUGUCGACUGUUCGUUUGAAGGCUGUAGCUGAAGUUUUGCCGCUUUGAGACUAAGACACUCUACAUUGUCGAAGCUGACGAAAGCUGAUUCCGAUCUGCAACCCAAAACAGACUCAAUACAUGCGUGUGGUACGCUUUAGUGUAACUAUUAUUUAUUUUAUUGCACACAAUUUGUCUACUUAUUGUUCAUCAGAAUUUACGUUCCAGCUUGCUCAGAAUAUAAUCGGUUUUGAUAUUAAAAGAAUUACAUAUAGCGCGACAAAUGGCACAAUGAUGAAAACUAAGGUCACAGCGUAGUCCAUUCAACAAUGGAUGGGAAUGUGUAGUUGGGUUGUUUUUUUAUACAUUGAUAUCAAUUACUGUUCAUCAAACAAGUAUGGCAAUAUCCUGCUAUUCGUGUAGGGUGUCCAAAUAUGAACAAAGAUUGUUGGCAUUGUCAUACUUUACAACGUAGCAAUGCUGUUCUGUCGUGUAACGUUGUUUCAUGUGUACUGCAUUUCGACCUUGCACUAUCGAUUUUAAGGUGUUCAUUUCAAUGCCGGUAUUUAGUUUUAAAAUUGUGCAUCAAAGACACUGUAAUGUUUGGCUGUGCUUUGGCCUUCUGAUGAUGAUGUGUUCUGUGGAAACGACGAAGCCCGUUGUAAUGUCGAAGACACUUGUGAUGACGAAACCCGUUGCAAUGUUGAAGCUGGUUGUAUGCUUAAAAGAGUUGCAAUGUUGAAUCUCGUCGCUUUGCUGAAGUAGGUUGCAUUGCCGAAGCAGGUGGCACUGUUGAAACCUAUAGUAUGCUAAAGGUUACAGUGUUGAAGCCUGUUGUGAUGCUGAAGUAGGUUCGUCAAAUGUGGAAGCCCGUCGUAACGGUCAACAGUAGUAAUAAUGACGAAUCCCGUCGCACAGGUGAAUACCUUUGUUAAACAGAAGCAGAUUGUCAUUGUGUACCACGCUGUUAUUCUAUAUCGCAUAAUACUAACGACAUAUGUAACCCAUGCUGGACACUAAUGGGAGAAAUAUUUUGUCAAUUUGUGCUGGUCACAAGUUUUCUCAAUCAGUGGGCUCUCUGACCGUAUACAUUUGUCUAUUUUGAAAUCAAAUGCGGUGUUAUUGUGUAUAAAUAUCUAUGCAAAAUACAGACUGUCUUGUUAACA